AUGCUCCGUAACUGCUGCAUCAUUAGUGCCAAGGACCACUCAUCCAUCCAGAUGAAUGUGGCUGAGGUUGACAAGGUCACAAGCAGGUUUAAUGGUCAGUUUAAAACCUAUGUCACAGGUGCCAUUCGCAGGAUGAGCAAAUCAGACAGUUCUAUUUUCUGA